UCUUCCCCUUCUUCUAGGUAAACUAGUUGGGUCGAUCUUCUAUCUCACUCCACCAGUCCACAACCAAUCUCAACAACAAGAUCAGAUAUUGUUUUUAUGGGGUUACAAGGCCAGCUCAGCGACUUGUCGUCCGACUCCAUCCCUGUUCUCUUCAUUGCCCUCAUCGCCACCUUCGUCGCCCACCUCCGCUCCUCCCUCGGCUCAUUUCUACACUCUCUCGGCCUCUCCCGCCACCACCACCGCCAGGCCCCCGUCGACGACGGAAUCCUCUCCUCAGUCGGCUCGGGCCUCGCCAACCUCGCCAUCCUCGCCGAGCAGCUCAACCUCAACAGCCUCUUCUCCUACAGCCACCAACGCAGCGGCGGCGCCUCUCCCGACUGCGUCGUGUGCCUCUCCACCUUGAGAGACGGCGACUGCGUCCGCAUGCUAAGCUGCCACCACGUCUUCCACAAGCACUGCUUCGACGGCUGGCUCAACCAGAUGAACUUCACUUGCCCCAUCUGCCGCUCACCGUUCGUGAACGAGGAGCGCGUCAAACAGACGCGCCGCCGCGUGGGUGGCGACCUGGUCAACUGGUUCUCGCUGCGCGCCAAUUGAAUCCAGCGUGUGGGUGGUGAUUGGUUAAAAUGAUGAAGGUGAUAGGCCGGCCACUAGCCACGAGAUUACGAUAGGCUAGCUGGUGCCUGGUGGUUUCUCUUUUUUUUUUAUAUAGCUUCUUUCAUAUUUUGUCUUCUUUUUUUUUUUAGAUUUUCAGACAGUUGUUGGCAGUUUUUGACCUUCGACUUUCUUUCUUUUUUUGUUUUUUAGGUCUCUACCAAAUUUUUGUCUUUUGUUUAUCUUUCCCUUCGCGCUUUUUUUUUCUCUGGGUUUUUUUUACUGAUGUAAAUUCCUGGGGUUUCUGAUAAUAAAUAACAAGGAAAUGGAAAAUGGAGUCUCCUUAAACAGUUUCACAUGUUCAUUUAAUUACCUGCAUGCAG